UCGCACAGUCGCCACCAAAGAGCCAGGACGUGCCUGCCUUGUUGCUAUGGCGGUCCCGAACUCCAUCUGUCUCUUGGCGUGGGUGCUGGCCCUCACUUCCACCUUAGGAUAUGGAGACUAUUUGAUCACAACGCCUCGGAUGUGGCCCUUGGAAGCACCAGCACAGGUGUGUGUCUUGGUGAGUGACCCAAAUGCUCCUGAAGGCAGCCUUACCUUCAGGAUGUCGGCCGACAUCUAUGAAUUCAACGAGAGGAAAGAGAACGUGACCAUCAUCCCCAGCACCGUCCUCCAAGUUCCUGCAGGAAAGUCAGAGGAUUGUUAUGAAGUACCAGUACCCAAGACGAAGAACCACUACGGUGAUCUACACGUCAUUGGCACUGUGGGAGGCGCCAAGAUCAACCGCACUCUGAGUAUGUCCCUAAAAUCAAGUAAUCAGAUCACCUUCGUCCAAUCCGACAAAUACCUGUACAAACCUGGGCAGAAUGUUAAGUUCAGGAUCCUCACUGUGGUUCGGGCAGAGCUCAACGUCUCCACUGAGCAGUACCCGGAGAUCUGGGUCACAACGCCCUCCAAAACUCGUAUCGCUCAGUGGAAGAACGUGGACAACACCGCCGGUCUGGUCCACCUCGACUUUGACCUGGCCGACGAACCCGAGAAGGGACACUACCUCAUCCACGUGAAGGCUCCGGGCGACGAUAUUUACACUAGACAGUUUAAGGUCGAUGAGUUUGUGUUGCCACGCUUUGAGGUGAAGCUUAAAACUCCCAGUUACAUCCUGCCGACAGAUGAGAAGUUCACCCUCACCGUUUGUGCCAACUACACCUUCGGGCAGCCAGUCAGGGGCAACUUGUCACUGGUUGUCAGCAACGGGGAGAGAAAAAAGUGCAGAGUUGUGGUCACCAAAAAUGUUACUAUCUCUGGCUGUGAGGAUGUGGAGUUAACGACAGCACAGAUGCGAGUCAUUGACUGUAACGUGUACAAUCUUCAUGCCGUUGCUACUGUGAGGGAAGAAGGUACUGACGUCGAAGCGAAACAUUUGCGCCGAUUAGACAUCACUCGCCGAUUUGUCACCUUCAAAACAUUGUACGAGGACAGAUACAUGAAGCCUAACCUCCCCUCUACCAUGAAGGUGAGAGCAGAACUGCCAGAUGGUUCUCCCGCUGCUGGUGUUCUCAUGGAAGUGUGCGCUGGAGGCGCGUGUACCAACAUAACCACGGCUACUGAUGGCGUCUUCACAACUGUCUUGCCGUCUUAUGACACCAAUAGAAUCUUUAUGAAGACUCUCAAUUGUCGGGCUCCCAUUCAUGAGUCUGAGUUCAGCAAGUACCUGGAGCAUUACUACUCCCCCUCCAACUCAUCCCUCCUGAUCAAUGCUCCGGAGGGUAAGCUGAAGUGUGUACCUGGACAAGCCCAAGAGCACGUUCUGCCUGUGUUCUUCUCUGCCAAUAAACAGAACUCCGCAAUCUUCACAGUCCAGGUGGUGGCACGAGGGAAGAUCCAGUACCGGAACUCCCAGGAGCUUCAGCUGACUGGAGGAGACCUGCCCAUCAGUGUGGAGCACCUGGUGGAGCCUCUGCCUCCUCCUAUUGAGGGCACCGUCAGGGGAGUCGUCAACAUCAAUGUUAACCUUCCCCCGACAGCUUCUUCCAAGGCCAAGGUGUUGGUGUGGUACACUCGUGAGGACGGGGAGGUGGUGGCAGACACCAGAGAGCUGGAGGUGGAGAAGUGUCUUGGUAGCAGCGCCAGUCUCACCUGGUCAGAGUCUCAGGCACAACCUGGACAACAGACCACUUUGACUCUCUCGUCAGAACCAAACUCCGUGUGUAGCCUCGGUGUGGUGGACAGAAGUUCCGAGUUACUGGCCAAAGAUGUUGAUCCUAUCUCGCUGGAGAAACUUUUUGACUUCGUGGAUAACUUCGACAUCAACCGCUGGAUAAACUCCCAGAUCUACACACCCGAUUACUGCGAGAAGAAGAAACUGAGAGAGAAAGAGAAAGACAGAGCAUCACUAUCAGAUUUAAAUCCAAUUAUUUUCCCAGAAGACAGGCCAAGCGUCAGCUACUACUCCAACUACGUAGAUGCUCUCCAGAUGUUUGAAGACUCCGGUUUGUACGUGUUAACUGACCAGACAGUGGAGACAAGACCCUGUGAGGAAGAUGAAGCCCUAUUCUUCGAGUAUGAUGGGCCACCAGAGGCACUUGGGAUUCCCCAGUUGGCUGCCGACUUUGACACCGAGGACAGAAUCGUUGGUGGUGCUGGCGGCGGUAACUCGUCUCCUUCGCCGUCUCCGCCACCUCCAGAGGACGCCCCAAGGACUGACUUCCCCGAGACUUGGAUCUGGGACCUUGUCGUGCUGCCAUCGUCUGGGGUGAACAGCCAGAACCUGACACUGCCUGACACCAUCACACAGUGGGUGGGCAAGGCCGUGUGUGCCCACCCAGAGAAGGGCGUGGCACUGUCUGAGAGGGAGUCCAUCACUACCUUCACCCCCUUCUUCGUCGACCUCACCCUUCCCCCCACUGUCAAGCGUGGCGAGAUACUCCCCGUCAAGAUGUCCAUCUUCAACUACCUAGACCGACCAAUACCUGUGAGUGUGAGUGUUGGGGAGAGUGCAGAAUACGAGAUCAUACAGGAGCCAGGAGCACCAGGCGAGCUUGGACGGCGUAGCUCAUGUCUACCAGCACAAGACAAGGUUGUCCACACAGUCAAGAUCAAGCCACUGGUGAUCGGAGAAGUCAACAUUACUGUGUCGGCGUUCGUGGACUACCAGUACUCUGAGCCUUGUGGGUCAGGCGACACCUCCAUCGAGAAAAGAGACUCUUUGAUCAAGCCCAUCAAGGUUGAGGCUGAGGGAUUCCUGAGAGAGAAGACCUGGACCAAGUACAUCUGUUCAAAGGAUUUCGAGACGGGUGAAGACUCACUGGAGGCGUGGGAGCUGAAGACACCCUUGACCAUUGUGGAGGGGUCAGACCGAGCCUGGGUCACUGCCGUGGGUGACCUCCUCGCUCUCUCACUCGAGAACCUGGGACACCUGAUCCGUAUGCCGUAUGGGUGUGGAGAGCAGAACAUGGUUAACUUCGUCCCCAACAUCUAUAUCUUGCAGUAUCUCAAGGCCUCCAAUCAGACUACCACGGAAAGCACACAGAAGCUGCUCAACUUUAUGAAAACAGGUUACCAACGAGAGCUCCUAUACCGACGUGACAACGGCUCCUACAGCGCCUUCGGGAACGCUGACGAUUCUGGCUCUACCUGGCUGACGGCCUUUGUGCUCAAGUCCUUCGGUCAAGCUCAAGAUUUUAUCCUGAUUGACAAGGAGGGACUGAACCAGACAAGUUUAUGGCUAAAAUCACAACAGAUGGCUGAUGGUUGUUACACAUCUGUUGGCAAAGUCUUUAACAAGGCCAUGAAGGGUGGUAUUGCUGGCAGUGACUCUCCUGUACCUCUGACGGCCUACGUGAUGAUCUCUCUGCUGGAGGCUGGUGACGAAUCUUGUAGCCCCUUGGAAUGUCCAGCUGCCAAGUGCAUACAGGCCGACACCUCCCGGGACCCCUACACCUUGGCCCUGAAAGCAUACGCCCUGGCUCUGGCUAAACUACCUGAAGCCGAGACUGUUUUCCAACAGCUGCUCGACCAAGCCAUUGUGGCCAAGAACUCCACCCACUGGGAACUACCUCAGGGACCAGGAAAAAGUAAAGCAGUAGCGGUGGAGACAGCUGGAUAUUCUGUCAUGACUAUGAUGACUCUGGACCCUAAGAAAUAUGAACAACAGGCCAGGAAGGUUGUGAAGUGGAUAACGGCACAGAGAAACGGACAGGGAGGAUUCUACUCAACACAGGACACAGUGGUGGCCCUCCAGGCUCUGGCCAUGUACGAGUCACAGUUGUACCAGGGCCCCUUGAGCGUGGUGGCAACAGUGACUGCUACUGGGCUCUCCCAUUCCUUCACUGUCACAGACGACAACAAACUCCUGCAGCAGCUGGUAACACUGCCAACACUCCCCACCACCGUCUCUAUCACUAUGGAGGGCCAAGGAUGUGCUGUUCUCCAGGCUGUUCUUCGGUAUAAUAUUCCUGAGCCUGAAGGAAGUGAUGCCUUCGACCUGACUGUCAACACCAACACGGCUCCAGACAACAAGUGCGUCACCAAACGCAUCACGGCCUGUGCUUCCUAUCGCCUCCCUGAUGGCAAGUCUAACAUGGCUGUCAUCGAGGUGGACCUCAUCUCUGGUUACAUCCCUGAGAAAGAAGACCUGAAGAAACUUGUGAAUGACAACGUCAACAUAAAGCGUUAUGAUGUGGAUGGCGGCAAAAUUUCCUUCUACAUUGAAGAAUUUACUGCCCAAGACACCUGUGUAAACUUCCGUGCGAUACGAGUGGUUGACGUGGAGGAUGUGAAGCCUGGCACAGUGCGUGUUUACGACUACUACCAGCCUGAGUUCGAGAUAUCCAAGAACUACACACUGCCAUCUACAACUGAGUGCCGCUAGAUAGUACAACCCUGGUGCCGGUGUCCCUGUGUUACUCCCUGGUCAGUGGAUAAUGCCGGGAGAACUGGCUCACCCUGGCGGCGUGAUGAUCAACUCAAGACUUCACCCUAAAGUCAUCACUUUAUAUUUGUACUCUCAAUGUUCCCCAUUAUCGUGACAUCCACUGUAUUACGUAUUUCUCAGCUGCUUAUGUUUACAUCUAUUACUCUUAUAGUUCAUUUGAAAACCCUUUACACUCUGCCAUCCAUAGUGAGUCGGCAGUGUGUUAACCUGAGCCUUUAAAGGAAUUCGAGGAAAUACUGAAUAAAUGUGACAUAUGUUAAGACGAACACAGAAAACCUUAUGUAGUGUUUAUUACUGCACCCAGUCGUUAGUGUGUUAGUAGCCAGACAGGUGCUGUAUCUUGUCACCUUUAUAGUGUAAUACUUUAGCCUGUUUCCAUAGUGUGAAAUUGCUGAUUAUGUAGAGCAAUAAUAUAACUCCUCACGAAGUAGUUGGUCAUUUGAUAAUAAUAUAGAGUAUUAUCUAGUGUGAACCAAGGUCAAUGAAAACAUAUAAAAAUA